AUGGUCGCAUCAAGCGCAGCAAUUGCGACGAAAGACUCGGCGGGGUCACCAGCCAAGUACAAGCGGAAACUGACAGAGGCCCGUCGCGAACAGAAUCGUAGAUCUCAACGGCUCUGGCGCGACAAGCAGAAACAACGACGUGAAGAAGAGAUCACGACCAAAGUUCAAGAAGAGCUAGAGAGGCUUAAACCACGACUCAAGGCACCCUCUGCCCAAGCGGAAGGACGACCUUCAUCGUCAGCAGCCGGCCAUAAUUCGAUACUUUGCUCAGGAGUAUCGCAGCCUUGCGAGGUACUCGACCAUACACAACCAUCAUGGAAUACUCACAGUCCUUUGUCGGACGAAGAGAUACGUCUGCCAGAUCCAGUAUUACCGCUACCCACCGCUUUAUACUACUUCCUACCGCCUGACCCCGAGGCAGUAGACAUGCGAUGUUUCUGGGGCUGUCCUGAAGGCACCGAGCACAACCUAUAUCAGCCUCCACAGCCGCCGUCUCGUCGCUCUGGAGUCUCAGCAGGAGAACCUCCUCCGACAAUCUCUCCUUAUUCCAUUCCGACACUGCUGUCUUCAUGGAGCGCUUCUCCGCCCGCACAGGUGUCACGCACAACUGCACGGUCAUCCUUCUUCCCACCUGGCUCACAUUUGCCGUCGCCCUAUCUCAAUCACCUGCAGCUGGUUGGGGAGUCCUGCUUCGCUGCCACCCUGUCCAUCGCCACAGGGCUCGGUAUCAGCAGGGCCUCGUACGUCAAUGACCAUCCGUCCCCAUUCUCAAGCUCAUCCACUGCAAACAUCCACACGAUCCCAGCCGACCUCCGUCCCACGGCGAUCCAGAUCAUGCUCCCGCAUCCCUGCUACUUGGAUUGUAUCCCGUUCCCACACUUCCGCAGUAUGGCAGUAUAUCUCUCUAGUCUCAACCGCCUGGACCAUUGCAGCUUGUUUUUGGACAUCAUGCACGACGGGAUGGUCUGCUGGGGCCGACACGGAGCCAAUGCCCGGUACGGGAGGAGCAUGCGUGACAGUGUUCCUUGGAGCAAGCGAAGUUGGGAAGUCAAGCCAUGGUUUCUCCGGAAAUGGGCUUGGAUCGCCAAAGCAGAUGUACCUGCCAUCGACAGCGGUGCUGCAUUGCCGGGCGACGAGUUCGAUUACAAUGGCGACGACGAAGAUGGCAUGAUCAGCGGCAGCCAGUGGUGGUGGUCACUGCAUGGUGAGAAGGAAGACCAGUUCGACCUGGCAAGGAAUGCUGAGAGUCCGGCGAUGCAGCAACAGGAGCAGCAUGAAGAACUGGGCAGCUAUCUCAGCCGUAUCAUGACUUGCAAUGUCGCAAUCCGACAGACGAGCGAAAAGCAUCUGCUGAGGAGAUGGGAUGGUGUGCACGAUGACAGCUACUAUAUGGAUCCAUUCGGCAAUGACUGA